AGCGCUUCGUAGUCGUGGCUCGGGUGUAAUGUCACUUUUCAUUUACUUUUGGGUUAACAGUGUGAGUGGUGUGAAGAGGUAGAUACAGUCGUAAAUUAAAUAAUGAAAUGUAGAACAAAUAUAUAAAAUGCAAAACGAAAACAAACUUAAAAACGAAGGGACAAACUAAGUGGGCCAGCCGUUCGUUGUUUUCAGAACUGGUGCUUUGAGCACCGGGGACAAUCUAUGGACUAAGAUAGCACAGUCUCAAAAACGGAAUUAAAUGAAAUAAUCAGCAAGUUUUAUAUCAUAGUCAAAAAUGGAAAGGGUGAAUCGUAUGGAUUCAGCGGUUUUAUGGGUCUGCGAGCAGGGCUCAACAGAUACCUGUGUGAGUCCCCGCUGUCGUGGUGUUUAGUGAAGGACCGUGAAUUUAUGUCCAGCAACGAUCUCAUGGACAUGCAAAGAAACUCCAAAGAGGUCUCCUCCAGCCAGUGCACAACCAGGACCAGUCGGACGAAAAUUUCUUUAAACAUGUGGAGGGCAAUGCUGAAACUGACCUCUUUGAGUCUAACUGCAAUGGGGGAUACGCCAUACCUGCUCAGGUGCCUCUGGGGCAUGUGGUUGAAUCCUGGGAGACACCAGAGGCCGGUGUUACAAUUAAAACUGAAGAUGCCCAAGAUGAGGAGAUUAAAUCGCUUGGUUGGAAACCCUAAUCCCUCACCAGUGGAGAGCAUCACUCCAGCUUCACCCUGCAGACCUACUACUGAUGACGAGCACGUUCCUUUCUUAACGGAGUCCCAGAUGAUGGACCGCGUUCGGGCAAGAGCUCUUCAAGCGGGACGAGUUGGGCGUCCUGGUGCGCGAGGUCCAGGCCCGUGACCACAGGCUCUUCGGCAAAUGGCUGCUGUCUGCUGAGAUUCGGCGAGCGUGGAAGGAGGUGGUGGCGGCGGCAGCACUCAACCGCGAGCGCCUCGGCCCUGCCAGGACUGCCUACGGCUGCCAGAAACGCUUCAAUGAUUUGAGGAGGCGCAGCAAGAUGAAGGUGGUCAACGAAGGGAGCACAGAGCCAUGGCCACAUCCAGGUGAAAGCCCAGAGAAUACACACACAGUCACACCAGCCGCAGCUGAACCCGAACCAGCAACCACACCAACACUCAGACCCACACCGACACCUCCACCAGCUCCCGCACCCGCACCAACACUCAAAACACCACCUGCAGCAGCUCCCCCGCCCACACCAAUAUCUGCACUAGCAACUGCACCCACACCAACACUAACACUUUCACCUAUACCAACCUUCGAACCCAUACUAACACUCACACCCAUGUUAACACUUGAACCCAGACCAACCCUUGCACUCGCAAGGUGCACCGGUACCAACGCUCACAUCUGCACAAGUAUUGGCACCCACACCAGCUGUACCAACACUAGCACCAACACACAACACACCGGCACCAACACACAACACACCGGCACCAAGGCCUGCAUCAGCAACUGCUCCAACACCCACACCAUCACCUGUACUCUCUGGGGAGCCUGUAGCUGGAGCAAACAGCAGGACCGCCGGAGUCAAUCCCCCAGCAGCCUUGAGCACCACGGGUGCUCCGUGUCCGUCGCGGAGUUGGUGGAAGCAGGAGCUGCUGGAGGUGCAGGGCGAGGGCCUGGAGGUGCUGCAGAGGGAGGUGGGAGCUCUGCGCCGUGGCCUGGACACGCGCCUCCGCCGGAUGGAGAACCGCUCGUACCCCCUCCUGCUCUCCAACGCCACGGAGUGCAACUCCACCCCUGACACCACCACUCCGCUGCACACCGACACGCCCCCCAGAACACCAAGGGGCAGAGCUGUGGUGGAACGGCCAACCACCAGCCAAUCCCGUGCUUCUUCAAAGGGGUGUGCAGUCCGCACCUGCAAACGCAAAAGAGGGAGACACACCUAGCAAUGUGAUCCACUGAAACUGAGACAUAAAACAGCUUUUACAAGUGUUGGUACUCCUGGAAUUUGUCCAUUGUGUUUGACUUUAAUCAAGAACUUGUGUGUGUAAUGUUAUCUUGGUGGCUCUCGUGAAGACGGUAUUAGUAUUUAUGCACAGUUGCACCCACAUUUGUUCAGCACCUGCUCACUAGCCAAGGUACCUAUAUUAUUCUAGUGCCUAUGUGAGGCUGGUACCCAUUGUCCCUACAUAAGCUAGGUUAAUGAGCUAGGUUAUCAGUUUUUCUUUCAUUCCACAUUUUUGAACUAUUAUCACAUUG